AUGGAUGAAUUUGAAAGAUACAAAGCUAGGACAGCUUUGUUGAGGAGACAAAUGAUAAAAGAGAAAAGACUCAACGUCUUCAGUAAGAAAGACUUGCAGAGUGGUAAUAAGAAUAUGGAAAUGAGGAUCCCGUUAAUGGAUAGGACCAAUAGAAAAAGAAUAAAAGGUGAUCAAAAAGAUAAUUCAAUAACAAGUUCUGACAUUACGAGCAACCUUUUCACCAGGAGAACUCCAAAUGUUUCCAUUCAGAAAAAUAGAUCGUAUUCCAUACUUGAGUUGAAGAAGUUGACUUCAGGUUUCAAGCCUAAAGCCCUUUUUGGAGUCUCCAAUAGAUUUCUGAACUUUCAUAAGGAGUUUGACACCAUCAAAUUAUCACAUAUAAGGGUUGAGCAUAUUCAGACAUUUCAAGUGUUCUCAUCUAUACUUACGUUUGUAAGUUGGUUCAAACUGAACAAAUUUGAUUAUAUAAUUCACGAUAAAAAUAAUCAAUUGAAACAGAAUGUUUUAAAGAGACUUGUCACUCCUCAUCGAACAAAACUCAAACCCAAAGAUGAUGAUAUCACCAAAAACAUGUUUCUUCAGAAGUAUAUAAGGAUCGAGUAUAACAAAGACAGUUUAUCUCCAUCUCAUCUAAUAAUAAGAUGUAAAAAGGUUGGAAAAUUCAUGUACUCGGUGAGAUUGAAGUCUUUGAUUGAUCAAGAAAUUACUUAUUGCUUGUUAAUUGCAAGCGAUACGAGAUAUGAUCUAAAAAAUGAUUCAUUAAUAAUUUUGGAUGACAAUCAUUCCUAUUUGCAUAACAUAGGUAAGUCCACCGUUAAGGUUUAUAGUCGUUGGCACGUCUAUACUGACAGACCUAUUGAUCCUAACACAGUGUCAACGAAUGUUUAA